AUGAGCAAUCGCUUUCAUAUAUUUCUAGUCGUUUCUUGCUUCAUCCCGACGAUAAAUGGAAAAGCAGCAGUCGGUUUGUCGCCUGGGGCUCAAAAAACACCGAUCGAUCAACUCCUCGAGUUCUCAAUCUGGAAUCCACCGAAGAUCGAGCUCCAACAAGCUCCAAAGCUGAUCGAGCUCCAACAGAAACCCUUGAACCCGGAAAAGCCUGUUUUAUUCCCAACUCUCCCACCUCCACCGCCGUCCGAUUGCUUAUCUGCGUGUUCUGAAUUUGUUAUGCCGGUCAUCAAUGCGGUUGUGCUCGCCGGGUCGAACACGGAUCGUUUGAAGGAUGCUUGCGGCCAGUUUGAAAUAGCCGAGUCGUGCAUGAAAGAGAUGACUCAUUGCCCGCGAAAUGAUUUCUAUUACACAACCACAUCUGGAGUUCGUUACAUGUGCAUUGAACAGCGACGCGCUUUCGAUGCAAAUUCAAAUUGCAUGGACAAAGUGAAUGAUCAAGUCUAUCAAGAGUGCGACCAAGAGUGCAACACGCAAGCGUUGCUUGCAGGAUUGACAGCAAAGGAAACGCUCAGCGGUCUGGGCGAGGGAUUCGAGGGUUUCAUGAAGAAUUUCAUCGAUCCACAAAUGAUUAACAUUGUCGUUUCGGAGACGUGCAGAAUCGGGCAAUGUUUGCUUGGGUGCUACAAAAAUAAAUUCGAUGCGCAUUGCGAUGGAGCGGCCGGCAGCUUGCUAUCGGAGGCACUCAUUCGUCCCCUUGACAACACUCAACCACUUGGCGCUAUUUUUGGCACUUUUCUCCCCUCUCAAUGUCGAUUUGUCUACGAAAACGAUCAACGAAACAAUCUUCGGAUCACCCGAAAACUGGACGAGGAUUUGAAGAAAAUGUAUACCGAUCCAAAAAUUACCCCGGGAUUGACUACAGAAGAGCGAGUUCUUCAACCAUUUUUGGAUGCGACGAACAAACAGGCAACUCCUGUAGAGACUUUUGUUGCAGAGACAAACGCAUCCACUUCCUCCACUUCGACAAAUCAAACGAUUCCCUUCCCGAAAGGAAUCGGCAAAACAAUCACUUCGGUGAAAGGAGUUGGGAAAACGAAUGCGCAAUUGAACAUGAUCAAUCGAAUGAUCGGAAUCAAUGGUCUAUCUGCGGCCGCCUUUAACAACGAGAUACCGAAAGUUCCCGGAAGUGUUAAAAGUGGACAAGCACCCGUAAAACGAAAUGUGAAGAGUGAUGGAUUGAGUGAAUUCUUUGAGGAUGAUCCGUUUUUGGACGAGGAACACGAUGGACUCCUUGCGCCAGAAGAAUCGAAAACUCAAAGAGAGCCCACAAAAACCGACGAGGGCAAUCCGAGAAGUCAGCGAGAAAGCGGGGAACAAAACGAGUAUGACGAGUUUGUAACAAAUCCGUUCGCCGUUUGGCAAGUGGUCGAAGAGCGGCCUGUCCCCACGCAGAUCGGUGAACCGAUCAUUGAAAUCGGAGCUCAACCAGGACUUGAUGGGAUCACCCAUUUGCAUUUGGAGCGAACGACCGACAACGCUGAUCUCUACAUGGCUCAGUGGAUACAUCCAGGUCGACGGUAUCGAGUUGAUGUCAAUGUUGAGCCUGAUGAUGAGGGUGAACUAAUCUGCUUACUGCGAACCUACAAAGGUUUCGCGGUGAAUCGUCUCAGCGAUGCGGACAUCGAUCAACUUUUGGCCGAAAUCGAAACGACGACAAAACAGAGGAAAACGAGAGAGAAACCGAAAGAG